AUGGACGUGGACGUGGACCUGGACGUGGAUGUGGACAUGGACGUGGUCGUGGACGUGGACGUGGACGUGGACGUGGUCAUCGACUUGGACGUGGACGUGGACGUGGUCGUGGACGUGGACUUGGACGUGGACGUGGACGUGGUCGUGGACGUGGACGUGGUCGUGGACGUGGACGUGGUCGUGGACGUGGACGUGGUCGUGGACGUGGACGUGGUCGUGGACGUGGACGUGGUCGUGGACGUGGACGUGGACGUGGACGUGGUCGUGGACGUGGACGUGGUCGUGGACGUGGACGUGGUCGUGGACGUGGACGUGGACGUGGACGUGGACCUGGACGUGGUCGUGGACGUGGACGUGGUCGUGGACGUGGACGUGGACGUGGACGUGGUCGUGGACGUGGACGUGGACGUGGACGUGGUCGUGGACGUGGACGUGAUCGUGGACGUGGACGUGGACGUGGACGAAGACGUCGACGUGGUCGUGGACGUGGCCGAGGACGUGGACGUGGUUAUGGACGUGGACGUGGACGUGGACGUGAAGGUGGACGUGGACGUGGACGUGGACGUGGACGUGGACGUGGACGUGGACGUGGUCGUGGACGUGGACGAGGAGGACGUGGUUGUGGACAUGGACGUGGACGUGGUCGUGGACGUGGAUGUCGACGUGGAUGUGGAGGACGUGGACGUGGACAUGGAGGACGUGGUCUUGGACGUGGACAAGGACUUGGUCUUGGACGUGGACGUGGACGUGGUCUUGGACGUGGACGUGGACGUGGAUGUGGACGUGGAAGUGGACGUGGUCAUGGACGUGGACGUGGACGUGGUCGUGGACGUGGACGUGGACGUGGUCGUGGACGUGGACGUGGUCGUGGACGUGGACGUGGACGUGGACGUGGACGUGGUCGUGGACGUGGACGUGGACGUGGACGUGGACGUGGACGUGGACCUGGACGUGGACGUGGACGUGGACUUGGACGUGGACGUGGACGUUGACUUGGACGUGGAUGUGGACGUGGACGUGGACGUGGACGUGGUCGUGGACGUGGACGUGGACGUGGACGAGGACGUGGUCGUGGACGUGGACGUGGACGUGGACGAGGACGUGGACGUGGACGUGGUCGUGGACGUGGACGUAGUCGUGGACGUGGACGUGGUCGUGGACGUGGACGUGGUCGUGGACGUGAUCGUGGACGUGAUCGUGGACGUGGUCCUGGACGUGGACUUGGACGUGGACGUGGACGUGGUCGGGGACGUGGACGUGGACGUUGACGUGGACGUUGACGUGGACGUGGUCAUGGAGGUGGACGUUGACGUGGACGUGGUCAUGGAUGUGGACGUGGACGUGGACGUGUACAUGGUCGUGGACGUGGACGUGGACGUGGACGUUGACGUGGACGUGGACGUGGACAUGGUCGUGGACGUGGACGUGGACGAGGAGGACGUGGACGUGGACGUGGAGGACGUGGACGUGGACAUGGACGUGGACGUGGACGUGGACUUGGACGUGGACCUAGACGUGGACAUGGACGUGGACGUGGACGUGGUCGUGGACGUGGACGUGGACCUGGACCUGGACGUGGACGUGGAUGUGGACAUGAUCGUGGACAUGGUCGUGGACGUGGACGUGGACGUGGUCGUGGACGUGGACGUGGACGUGGUCGUGGACGUGGACAUGGACGUGGUCGUAGACGUGGACGUGGACAAGGAGGACGUGGACGUGGACGUGGAGGACGUGGACGUGGACGUGGACGUGGUUUUGGACGUGGACGUGGACGUGGACGACGUGGACGUGGUCGUGGUCGUGGACGAGGACGUGGACGUGGACGUGGACGUGGUCGUGGACGUGGACGUAGUCGUGGACGUGAUCGUGGACGUGAUCGUGGACGUGGUCGUGGACGUGGACUUGGACGUGGACGUGGACGUGGUCCUGGAUGUGGACGUGGACGUGGACGUGGACGUUGACGUGGACGUGGUCGUGGACGUGGACGUGGACGUGGAGGUGGACGUUGACGUGGACGUGGUCAUGGAUGUGGACGUGGACGUGGACGUGUACAUGGUCGUGGACGUGGACGUGGACGUGGACGUUGACGUGGACGUGGACCUGGUCGUGGACGUGGACGUGGACGAGGAGGACGUGGACGUGGACGUGGAGGACGUGGACGUGGACAUGGACGUGGACGUGAACGUGGACUUCGACGUGGACCUGGACGUGGACCUGGACGUGGACGUGGACGUGGUCGUGGACGUGGACGUGGACGUGGACCUGGACGUGGACGUGGAUGUGGACCUGGACGUGGACAUGGUCGUGGACGUGUACGUGGACGUGGUCGUGGACGUGGACGUGGACGUGGUCGUGGACGUGGACAUGGACGUGGUCGUAGACGUGGACGUGGACAAGGAGGACGUGGACGUGGACGUGGAGGACGUGGACGUGGACGUGGACGUGGUUUUGGACGUGGACGUGGACGUGGACGUGGUCGUGGACGUAGACGUGGACGUGGACGUGGACCUGGAUGUAGACCUGGACUUGGACGUGGACGUGGACAUGAAUGUGGACCUGGACGUGGACGUAGACUUGGACGUGGACGUAGACGUGGACUUGGACGUGGACGUGGACGUGGACGUGGACGUAGACGUGGACGUGGACGUGGACGUGGACCUGGACGUGGACUUGGACGUGGAAGUGGACGUGGACGUGGACGUCGACGUGGACGUGGACGUGGAUGUGGACUUGGACGUGGACGUGGACGUGGACGUGGACCUGGACGUGGACGUGGACGUGGUCGUGGACAUGGACGUGGACGUGGACGUGGACGUAGACGUGGAGGUGGACGUGGACGUGGACGUGGACCUGGACGUGGACUUGGACGUAGACGUGGACGUCGACGUGGACGUGUACUUGGACGUGGACGUGGACUUGGACGUGGACGUGGACGUGGACGUGGACCUGGACGUGGACGUGGACGUGGACGUGGACUUGGACGUGGACGUGGACCUGGACGUGGACGUGGACGUGGUCGUGGACAUCGACGUGGACGUGGACGUGGACGUGGACCUGGACCUGGACAUUGACGUGGAAUUGGACGUGGAGGUGGACGUGGACGUGGACGUGGUCGUGGACGUGGACAUGGACGUGGACCUGGACGUGGUCAUGGACGAAGACGUGGACGUGGACGUGGAGGACGUGGACGUGGACGUGGACGUGGAGGACAUGGACGUGGACGUCGACGUGGACUUGGACGUGGACCUGGACGUGGACGUGGACGUGGACGUGGACGCGGACGUGGUCGUGGACGUGGACGUGGACGUGGACGUGGACCUGGACGUGGACGUGGACGUGGACGUGGACGUGGACCUGGACGUGGACGUGGACGGGCACGUGGACGUGAUCGUGGACGUGGACGUGGACGUGGACGUGUACAUGGACGUGGACGUGGACGUGGACGUGGACAUGGACGUGGACGUGGACGUGGUUGUGGACGUGGACGUGGACGUGGACGUGGACGUGGUCGUGGACGUGGACGUGGACGUGGACCUGGACGUGGACGUGGACGUGGACGUGGUCGUGGACGUGGACGUGGACGUGGACCUGGACGUGGACUUGGACGUGGACGUGGUCGUGGACGUGGACGUGGUCGUGGACGUGAUCGUGGACGUGAUCGUGGACGUGGUCGUGGACGUGGACUUGGACGUGGACGUGGACGUGGUCCUGGACGUGGACGUGGACGUGGACGUUGACGUGGACGUGGUCGUGGACGUGGACGUUGACGUGGACGUGGUCAUGGAUGUGGACGUGGACGUGGACGUGUACAUGGUCGUGGACGUGGACGUGGACGUGGACGUUGACGUGGACGUGGACGUGGACAUGGUCGUGGACAUGGACGUGGACGAGGAGGACGUGGACGUGGACGUGGAGGACGUGGACGUGGACGUGGACGUGGACUUGGACGUGGACCUGGACGUGGACAUGGACGUGGACGUGGACGUGGUCGUGGACGUGGACGUGGACGUGGACCUGGACCUGGACGUGGACGUGGAUGUGGACAUGAUCGUGGACAUGGUCGUGGACGUGGACGUGGACGUGGUCUUUGACGUGGACGUGGACGUGGUCGUGGACGUGGACGUGGACGUGGUCGUAGACGUGGACGUGGACAAGGAGGACGUGGACGUGGACGUGGAGGACGUGGACGUGGACGUGGACGUGGAUGUGGUUUUGGACGUGGACGUGGACAUGGACGUGGACGUGGUCGUGGACGUAGACGUGGACGUGGACGUGGACCUGGAUGUAGACCUGGACUUGGACGUGGACGUGGACGUGGAUGUGGACCUGGACGUGGACGUAGACUUGGACGUGGACGUGGACGUGGACUUGGACGUGGACGUGGACGUGGACGUGGACGUGGACGUGGACGUAGACGUGGACGUGGACGUGGACCUGGACGUGGACUUGGACGUGGACGUGGACGUGGACGUGGACGUGGACGUGGACGUGGACUUGGACGUGGACGUGGACGUGGACGUGGACGUGGACGUGGACGUGGACGAAGACGUGGACGUGGACGUGGAGGACGUGGACGUGGACGUGGAGGACAUGGACGAGGACGUCGACGUGGACUUGGACGUGGACCUGGACGUGGACGUGGACGUGGACGUGGACCUGGACGUGGACGUGGACGGGCACGUGGACGUGAUCGUGGACGUGGACGUGGACGUGGACGUGUACAUGGACGUGGACGUGGACGUGGACAUGGACGUGGACGUGGACGUGGUCGUGGACGUGGACGUGGACGUGGACGUGGACGUGGUCGUGGACGUGGACGUGGACGUGGACGUGGAUCUGGACGUGGACGUGGUCGUGGACGUGGACGUGGACGUGGACCUGGACGUGGACUUUGACGUGGACGUGGUCGUGGACGUGGACGUGGACGUGGACGUGGACGUUGACGUGGAUGUGGUCGUGGACGUGGACGUGGUCAUGGAGGUGGACGUUGACGUGGACGUGGUCAUGGAUGUGGACGUGGACGUGGACGUGUACAUGGUCGUGGACGUGGACGUGGACGUGGACGUUGACGUGGACGUGGACGUGGACAUGGUCGUGGACGUGGACGUGGACGAGGAGGACGUGGACGUGGACGUGGAGGACGUGGACGUGGACGUGGACGUGGACGUGGACUUGGACGUGGACCUGGACGUGGACAUGGACGUGGACGUGGACGUGGUCGUGGACGUGGACGUGGACGUGGACCUGGACCUGGACGUGGACGUGGAUGUGGACAUGAUCGUGGACAUGGUCGUGGACGUGGACGUGGACGUGGUCGUGGACGUGGACGUGGACGUGGUCGUGGACGUGGACGUGGACGUGGUCGUAGACGUGGACGUGGACAAGGAGGACGUGGACGUGGACGUGGAGGACGUGGACGUGGACGUGGACGUGGUUUUGGACGUGGACGUGGACAUGGACGUGGACGUGGUCGUGGACGUAGACGUGGACGUGGACGUGGACCUGGAUGUAGACCUGGACUUGGACGUGGACGUGGACGUGGAUGUGGACCUGGACGUGGACGUAGACUUGGACGUGGACGUGGACGUGGACUUGGACGUGGACGUGGACGUGGACGUGGACGUGGACGUGGACGUGGACUUGGACGUGGACGUGGACGUGGACGUGGACGUGGACCUGGACCUGGACCUGGACCUGGACGUGGACGUGGACUUGGACGUGGACGUGGACCUGGACGUGGACGUGGACGUGGACGUGGACGUGGACGUGGACCUGGACGUGGACUUGGACGUGGACGUGGACGUCGACGUGGACGUGUACCUGGACGUGGACGUGGACUUGGACGUGGACGUGGACGUGGUCGUGGACGUGGACGUGGACGUGGACGUGGACGUGGACGUGGUCGUGGACGUGGACGUGGACGUGGACCUGGACGUGGACGUGGACGUGGACGUGGACGUGGACGUGGACGUGGACUUGGACGUGGAUGUGGACCUGGACGUGGACGUGGACGUGGUCGUGGACCUGGACGUGGACGUGGACGUGGUCGUGGACGUGGACGUGGACGUGGACGUGGACGUAGACGUGGACGUGGACGUGGACCUGGACGUGGACUUGGACGUGGACGUGGUCGUGGACGUGAUCGUGGACGUGAUCGUGGACGUGGUCGUGGACGUGGACUUGGACGUGGACGUGGACGUGGUCCUGGACGUGGACGUGGACGUUGACGUGGACGUGGUCGUGGACGUGGACGUGGACGUGGAGGUGGACGUUGACGUGGACGUGGUCAUGGAUGUGGACGUGGACGUGGACGUGUACAUGGUCGUGGACGUGGACGUGGACGUGGACGUUGACGUGGACGUGGACGUGGACAUGGUCGUGGACAUGGACGUGGACGAGGAGGACGUGGACGUGGAUGUGGAGGACGUGGACGUGGACGUGGACGUGGACGUGGACUUGGACGUGGACCUGGACGUGGACAUGGACAUGGACGUGGACGUGGUCGUGGACGUGGACGUGGACGUGGACCUGGACCUGGACGUGGACGUGGAUGUGGACAUGAUCGUGGACAUGGUCGUGGACGUGGACGUGGACGUGGUCGUGGACGUGGACGUGGACGUGGUCGUGGACGUGGACGUGGACGUGGUCGUAGACGUGGACGUGGACAAGGAGGACGUGGACGUGGACGUGGAGGACGUGGACGUAGACGUGGACGUGGUUUUGGACGUGGACGUGGACAUGGACGUGGACGUGGUCGUGGACGUAGACGUGGACGUGGACGUGGACCUGGAUGUAGACCUGGACUUGGACGUGGACGUGGACGUGGAUGACGUGGACGUGGACGAAGACGUGGACGUGGACGUGGAGGACGUGGACGUGGACGUGGAGGACAUGGACGUGGACGUCGACGUGGACUUGGACGUGGACCUGGACGUAGACGCGGACGUGGACGCGGACGUGGUCGUGGACGUGGACGUGGACGUGGACGUGGACGUAUACAUGGACGUGGACGUGGACGUGGUCGUGGACGUGGACGUGGUCAUGGAGGUGGACGUUGACGUGGACGUGGUCAUGGAUGUGGACGUGGACGUGGACGUGUACAUGGUCGUGGACGUGGACGUGGACGUGGACGUUGACGUGGACGUGGACGUGGACAUGGUCGUGGACGUGGACGUGGACGAGGAGGACGUGGACGUGGACGUGGAGGACGUGGACGUGGACGUGGACGUGGACGUGGACUUGGACGUGGACCUGGACGUAGACAUGGACGUGGACGUGGACGUGGUCGUGGACGUGGACGUGGACGUGGACCUGGACCUGGACGUGGACGUGGAUGUGGACAUGAUCGUGGACAUGGUCGUGGACGUGGAUGUGGACAUGGUCGUGGACGUGGAUGUGGACAUGGUCGUGGACAUGGACGUGGACUUGGACGUGGACUUGGACUUGGACUUGGACGUGGACGCGGACGUGGUCGUGGACGUGGACGUGGACGUGGUCGUGGACGUGGACGUGGACGUGGACGUGGACUUGGACGUGGACUUGGACUUGGACUUGGACGUGGACGUGGACGUGGUCGUGGACGUGGACGUGGACGUGGUCGUGGACGUGGACGUAGACGUGGUCGUAGACGUGGACGUGGACAAGGAGGACGUGGACGUGGACGUGGAGGACGUGGACGUGGACGUGGACGUGGUUUUGGACGUGGACGUGGACAUGGACGUGGACGUGGUCGUGGACGUAGACGUGGACGUGGACGUGGACCUGGAUGUAGACCUGGAAUUGGACGUGGACGUGGAUGUGGAUGUGGACCUGGACGUGGACGUAGACUUGGACGUGGACGUGGACGUGGACUUGGACGUGGACGUGGACGUGGACGUGGACGUGGACGUGGACCUGGACGUGGACUUGGACGUGGACGUGGACGUGGACGUGGACGUGGAUGUGGACUUGGACGUGGACGUGGACGUGGACGUGGACCUGGACCUGGACGUGGACGUGGAUGUGGACAUGAUCGUGGACAUGGUCGUGGACGUGGACGUGGACGUGGUCGUGGACGUGGACGUGGACGUGGUCGUGGACGUGGACGUGGACGUGGUCGUAGACGUGGACGUGGACAAGGAGGACGUGGACGUGGACGUGGAGGACGUGGACGUAGACGUGGACGUGGUUUUGGACGUGGACGUGGACAUGGACGUGGACGUGGUCGUGGACGUAGACGUGGACGUGGACGUGGACCUGGAUGUAGACCUGGACUUGGACGUGGACGUGGACGUGGAUGACGUGGACGUGGACGAAGACGUGGACGUGGACGUGGAGGACGUGGACGUGGACGUGGAGGACAUGGACGUGGACGUCGACGUGGACUUGGACGUGGACCUGGACGUAGACGCGGACGUGGACGCGGACGUGGUCGUGGACGUGGACGUGGACGUGGACGUGGACCUGGAAGUGGACGUGGACGGGCACGUGGACGUGAUCGUGGACGUGGACGUGGACGUGGACGUGUACAUGGACGUGGACGUGGACGUGGUCGUGGACGUGGACGUGGUCAUGGAGGUGGACGUUGACGUGGACGUGGUCAUGGAUGUGGACGUGGACGUGGACGUGUACAUGGUCGUGGACGUGGACGUGGACGUGGACGUUGACGUGGACGUGGACGUGGACAUGGUCGUGGACGUGGACGUGGACGAGGAGGACGUGGACGUGGACGUGGAGGACGUGGACGUGGACGUGGACGUGGACGUGGACUUGGACGUGGACCUGGACGUAGACAUGGACGUGGACGUGGACGUGGUCGUGGACGUGGACGUGGACCUGGACCUGGACGUGGACGUGGAUGUGGACAUGAUCGUGGACAUGGUCGUGGACGUGGAUGUGGACAUGGUCGUGGACGUGGAUGUGGACAUGGUCGUGGACAUGGACGUGGACUUGGACGUGGACUUGGACUUGGACUUGGACGUGGACGCGGACGUGGUCGUGGACGUGGACGUGGACGUGGUCGUGGACGUGGACGUGGACGUGGACGUGGACUUGGACGUGGACUUGGACUUGGACUUGGACGUGGACGUGGACGUGGUCGUGGACGUGGACGUGGACGUGGUCGUGGACGUGGACGUAGACGUGGUCGUAGACGUGGACGUGGACAAGGAGGACGUGGACGUGGACGUGGAGGACGUGGACGUGGACGUGGACGUGGUUUUGGACGUGGACGUGGACAUGGACGUGGACGUGGUCGUGGACGUAGACGUGGACGUGGACGUGGACCUGGAUGUAGACCUGGAAUUGGACGUGGACGUGGAUGUGGAUGUGGACCUGGACGUGGACGUAGACUUGGACGUGGACGUGGACGUGGACUUGGACGUGGACGUGGACGUGGACGUGGACGUGGACGUGGACGUGGACCUGGACGUGGACUUGGACGUGGACGUGGACGUGGACGUGGACGUGGAUGUGGACUUGGACGUGGACGUGGACGUGGACGUGGACCUGGACGUGGACGUGGACUUGGACGUGGACGUGGACCUGGACGUGGACGUGGACGUGGACGUGGUCGUGGACAUGGACGUGGACGUGGACGUGGACGUGGACGUGGACGUGGACGUGGACCUCGACGUGGACUUGGACGUGGACGUGGACGUCGACGUGGACGUGUACCUGGACGUGGACGUGGACUUGGACGUGGACGUGGACGUGGACGUGGACCUGGACGUGGACGUGGACUUGGACGUGGACGUGGACCUGGACGUGGACGUGGACGUGGUCGUGGACAUCGACGUGGACGUGGACGUGGACCUGGACCUGGACAUUGACGUGGAAUUGGUCGUGGAGGUGGACGUGGACGUGGACGUGGUCGUGGACCUGGACGUGGACGUGGACGUGGACCUGGACGUGGUCAUGGACGUGGACGUGGACGUGGACCUGGACGUGGACGUGGACGUAGACGUAGACGUAGACGUGGACGUGGUCGUGGACGUGGACGUAGUCGUGGACCUGGACGUGGACUUGGACGUGGACGUGGACGUGGUCGUGGUCGUGGACGUGGACGUGUACGUGGACGUAGACAUGGUCGUCGACUUGGACGUGGACGUGGACGUGGUCGUGGACGUAGACGUGGAUGUGGACGUAGACGUGGACUUGGACGUGGACGUGGACGUGGACGUGGUCGUGGACGUGGACGUGGUCGUGGACGUGGACGUGGACUUGGACAUGGACUUGGACGUGGACGUGGACGUGGACGUAGACGUGGACGUGGAUGUGGACGUGGACGUUGACGUGGUCGUGGACGUGGACGUGGACGUGGACGUGGACUUGGACGUGGACUUGGACUUGGACUUGGACGUGGACGCGGACGUGGUCGUGGACGUGGACGUGGACGUGGUCGUGGACGUGGACGUGGACGUGGACUUGGACGUGGACUUGGACUUGGACUUGGACGUGGACGCGGACGUGGUCGUGGACAUGGACGUGGACGUGGUCGUGGACGUGGACGUGGUCGUGGACGUGGACGUGGACGUGGACGUGGACGUGGACCUGGACGUGGACGUGGACGUGGACUUGGACGUGGACGUGGACGUUGACUUGGACGUGGAUGUGGACGUGGACGUGGACGUGGACGUGGUCGUGGACGUGGACGUGGACGUGGACGAGGACGUGGACGUGGUCGUGGUCGUGGACGUAGACGUGGACGUGGACGUGGACGUGGUCGUGGACGUGGUCAUGGACGUGGACGUGGUCGUGGACGUGAUCGUGGACGUGAUCGUGGACGUGGUCGUGGACGUGGACUUGGACGUGGACGUGGACGUGGUCCUGGACGUGGACGUGGACGUGGACGUUGACGUGGACGUGGUCCUGGACGUGGACGUGGACGUGGAGGUGGACGUUGACGUGGACGUGGUCAUGGAUGUGGACGUGGACGUGGACGUGUACAUGGUCGUGGACGUGGACGUGGACGUGGACGUUGACGUGGACGUGGACGUGGACAUGGUCGUGGACGUGGACGUGGACGAGCAGGACGUGGACGUGGACGUGGAGGACGUGGACAUGGACAUGGACGUGGACGUGGACUUGGACGUGGACCUGGACGUGGACAUGGACGUGGACGUGGACGUGGUCGUGGACGUGGACGUGGACGUGGACCUGGACCUGGACGUGGACGUGGAUGUGUACAUGAUCGUGGACAUGGUCGUGGACGUGGACGUGGACGUGGUCGUGGACGUGGACGUGGACGUGGUCGUGGACGUGGACGUGGACGUGGUCGUAGACGUGGACGUGGACAAGGAGGACGUGGACGUGGACGUGGAGGACGUGGACGUGGACGUGGACGUGGUUUUGGACGUGGACGUGGACGUGGACGUGGUCGUGGACGUAGACGUGGACGUGGACGUGGACGUGGAUGUAGACCUGGACUUGGACGUGGACGUGGACGUGGAUGUGGACCUGGACGUGGACGUAGACUUGGACGUGGACGUGGACGUGGACGUGGACGUAGACGUGGACGUGGACGUGGACGUGGACCUGGACGUGGACUUGGACGUGGAAGUGGACGUGGACGUGGACGUCGACGUGGACGUGGACGUGGACGUGGACUUGGACGUGGACGUGGACGUGGACGUGGACCUGGACGUGGACUUGGACGUGGAUGUGGACCUGGACGUGGACGUGGACGUGGUCGUGGACGUGGAUGUGGACGUCGACGUGGACGUGGACGUGGACGUGGACGUGGACCUGGACGUGGACCUGGACGUGGACUUGGACGUGGAUGUGGACCUGGACGUGGACGUGGACGUGGUCGUGGACAUGGACGUGGACGUGGACGUGGACUUGGACGUGGACGUGGACGUGGACGUGGACCUGGACGUGGACUUGGACGUGGACGUGGACGUCGACGUGGACGUGUACCUGGACGUGAACGUGGACUUGGACGUGGACGUGGACGUGGAUCUGGACGUGGACGUGGACUUGGACGUGGACGUGGACCUGGACGUGGACGUGGACGUGGUCGUGGACAUCGACGUGGACGUGGACGUGGACCUGGACCUGGACAUUGACGUGGAAUUGGACGUGGAGGUGGACGUGGACGUGGACGUGGUCGUGGACGUGGACGUGGACCUGGACGGGGUCAUGGACGUGGACGUGGACGUGGACGUGGAGGAAGUGGACGUGGACGUGGAGGACGUGGACGUGGACGUGGACGUGGACUUGGACGUGGACCUGGACGUGGACGUGGACGUGGACGUGGACGCGGACGUGGUCGUGGACGUGGACGUGGACCUGGACGUGGACGUGGACGUGGACGGGCACGUGGACGUGAUCGUGGACGUGGACGUGGACGUGGACGUGUACAUGGACGUGGACGUGGACGUGGACAUGGACGUGGACGUGGACGUGGUCGUGGACGUGGACGUGGACGUGGACGUGGACCUGGACGUGGACGUGGACGUGGACGUGGUCGUGGAUGUGGACGUGGACGUGGACCUGGACGUGGACUUGGACGUGGACGUGGUCGUGGACGUGGUCGUGGACGUGGACGUGGUCGUGGACGUGAUCGUGGACGUGGUCGUGGAUGUGGACUUGGACGUGGACGUGGACGUGGUCCUGGACGUGGACGUGGACGUUGAUGUGGACGUGGUCGUGGACGUGGACGUGGACGUGGACGUGGAGGUGGAUGUUGACGUGGACGUGGUCAUGGAUGUGGACGUGGACGUGGACGUGUACAUGGUCGUGGACAUGGACGUGGACGUGGACGUUGACGUGGACGUGGACGUGGACAUGGUCGUGGACGUGGACGUGGACGAGGAGGACGUGGACGUGGACGUGGAGGACGUGGACGUGGACGUGGACGUGGACUUGGACGUGGACCUGGACGUGGACAUGGACGUGGACGUGAACGUGGUCGUGGACGUGGACGUGGACGUGGACCUGGACCUGGACGUGGACGUGGAUGUGGACAUGAUCGUGGACAUGGUCGUGGACGUGGACGUGGACGUGGUCGUGGACGUGGACGUGGACGUGGUCGUGGACGUGGACGUGGACGUGGUCUUAGACGUGGACGUGGACAAGGAGGACGUGGACGUGGACGUGGAGGACGUGGACGUGGACGUGGACGUGGUUUUGGACGUGGACGUGGACAUGGACGUGGACGUGGUCGUGGACGUAGACGUGGACGUGGACGUGGACCUGGAUGUAGACCUGGACUUGGACGUAGACAUGGACGUGGAUGUGGACCUGGACGUGGACGUAGACUUGGACGUGGACGUGGACGUGGCCGUGGACGUGGACGUGGACGUGGACGUGGACGUAGACCUGGACGUGGACUUGGACGUGGACGUGGACGUGGACGCGGACUUGGACGUGGACGUGGACGUGGACGUGGACUUGGACGUGGACGUGGACGUGGACGUGGACCUAAACGUGGACGUGGACUUGGACGUGGACGUGGACCUGGACGUGGACGUGGACGUGGACGUGGUCGUGGACAUGGACGUGGACGCGGACGUGGACGUGGACGUGGACCUGGAUGUGGACUUGGACGUGGACGUGGACGUCGACGUGGACGUGUACCUGGACGUGGACGUGGACUUGGACGUAGACGUGGACGUGGACGUGGACCUGGACGUGGACGUGGACUUGGACGUGGACGUGGACCUGGACGUGGACGUGGACGUGGUCGUGGACAUCGACGUGGACGUGGACGUGGACCUGGACCUGGACAUUGACGUGGAAUUGGACGUGGAGGUAGACGUGGACGUUGACGUGGUCGUGGACCUGGACGUGGACGUGGACGUGGACCUUGACGUGGUCAUGGACGUGGACGUGGACGUGGACCUGGACGUGGACGUGGACGUAGACGUAGACGUGGACGUGGACCUGGACGUAGACGUAGACGUAGACGUGGACGUGGUCGUGGACGUGGACGUAGUCGUGGACCUGGACGUGUACUUGGACAUGGACGUGGACUUGGACGUGGACGUGGACGUGGUCGUGGACGUGGACGUGGACGUGUACGUGGACGUAGACAUGGUCGUCGACUUGGACGUGGACGUGGACGUGGUCGUGGACGUAGACGUGGAUGUGGACGUAGACGUGGACUUGGACGUGGACGUGGACGUGGACGUGGUCGUGGACGUGGACGUGGUCGUGGACGUGGACGUGGACGUGGACGUGGACUUGGACAUGGACUUGGACGUGGACGUGGACGUAGAUGUGGACGUGGACGUGGACGUGGACGUUGACGUGGUCGUGGACGUGGACGUGGACGUGGACGUGGACUUGGACGUGGACUUGGACUUGGACGUGGACGCGGACGUGGUCGUGGACGUGGACGUGGACGUGGUCGUGGACGUGGACGUGGACGUGGACUUGGAUGUGGACUUGGACUUGGACUUGGACGUGGACGCGGACGUGGUCGUGGACGUGGACGUGGACGUGGUCGUGGACGUGGACGUGGUCGUGGACGUGGACGUGGACGUGGACGUGGACCUGGACGUGGACGUGGACGUGGACUUGGACGUGGACGUGGACGUUGACUUGGACGUGGAUGUGGACGUGGACGUGGACGUGGACGUGGACGUGGACGUGGUCGUGGACGUGGACGUGGACGUGGACGAGGACGUGGACGUGGUCGUGGUCGUGGACGUAGACGUGGACGUGGACGUGGUCGUGGACGUGGUCGUGGACGUGGACGUGGUCGUGGACGUGAUCGUGGACGUGAUCGUGGACGUGGUCGUGGACGUGGACUUGGACGUGGACGUGGACGUGGUCCUGGACGUGGACGUGGACGUGGACGUUGAUGUGGACGUGGUCGUGGACGUGGACGUGGACGAGGACGUGGAGGUGGACGUUGACGUGGACGUGGUCAUGGAUGUGGACGUGGACGUGGACGUGUACAUGGUCGUGGACGUGGACGUGGACGUUGACGUGGACGUGGACGUGGACAUGGUCGUGGACGUGGACGUGGACAAGGAGGACGUGGACGUGGACGUGGAGGACGUGGACGUGGACAUGGACGUGGACGUGGACUUGGACGUGGACCUGGACGUGGACAUGGACGUGGACGUGGACGUGGUCGUGGACGUGGACGUGGACGUGGACCUGGACCUGGACGUGGACGUGGAUGUGGACAUGAUCGUGGACAUGGUCGUGGACGUGGACGUGGACGUGGUCGUGGACGUGGACGUGGACGUGGUCGUGGACGUGGACGUGGACGUGGUCGUGGACGUGGACGUGGUCGUAGACGUGGACGUGGACAAGGAGGACGUGGACGUGGACGUGGAGGACGUGGACGUGGACGUGGACGUGGUUUUGGACGUGGACGUGGACGUGGAUGUGGUCGUGGACGUAGACGUGGACGUGGACGUGGACCUGGAUGUAGACCUGGACUUGGACGUGGACGUGGACGUGGAUGUGGACCUGGACGUGGACGUAGACUUGGACGUGGACGUGGACGUGGACUUGGACGUGGACGUGGACGUGGACGUGGACGUGGACGUAGACGUGGACGUGGACGUGGACGUGGACGUGGACGUGGACCUGGACGUGGACUUGGACGUGGACGUGGACGUGGACGUGGACGUGGACGUGGACUUGGACGUGGACGUGGACGUGGACGUGGACCUGGACGUGGACGUGGACUUGGACGUGGACGUGGACGUGGACCUGGACGUGGACGUGGACGUGGACGUGGUCGUGGACAUGGACGUGGACGUGGACGUGGACGUGGACGUGGACCUGGACGUGGACUUGGACGUGGACGUGGACGUCGACGUGGACGUGUACCUGGACGUGGACGUGGACUUGGACGUAGACGUGGACGUGGACGUGGACCUGGACGUGGACGUGGACUUGGACGUGGACGUGGACCUGGACGUGGACGUGGACGUGGUCGUGGACAUCGACGUGGACGUGGACGUGGACCUGGACCUGGACAUUGACGUGGAAUUGGACGUGGAGGUGGACGUGGACGUGGACGUGGUCGUGGACCUGGACGUGGACGUGGACGUGGACCUGGACGUGGUCAUGGACGUGGACGUGGACGUGGACCUGGACGUGGACGUGGACGUAGACGUAGACGUAGACGUGGACGUGGUCGUGGACGUGGACGUAGUCGUGGACCUGGACGUGGACUUGGACAUGGACGUGGACUUGGACGUGGACGUGGACGUGGUCGUGGACGUGGACGUGGACGUGUACGUGGACGUAGACAUGGUCGUCGACUUGGACGUGGACGUGGACGUGGUCGUGGACGUAGACGUGGAUGUGGACGUAGACAUGGACUUGGACGUGGACGUGGACGUGGACGUGGUCGUGGACGUGGACGUGGUCGUGGACGUGGACGUGGACGUGGACGUGGACUUACACAUGGACUUGGACGUGGACGUGGACGUAGACGUGGACGUGGACGUGGACGUGGACGUUGACGUGGUCGUGGACGUGGACGUGGACGUGGACUUGGACGUGGACUUGGACUUGGACUUGUACGUGGACGCGGACGUGGUCGUGGACGUGGACGUGGACGUGGUCGUGGACGUGGACGUGGACGUGGUCGUGGACGUGGACGUGGACGUGGACGUGGACUUGGAUGUGGAGUUGGACUUGGACUUGGACGUGGACGCGGACGUGGUCGUGGACGUGGACGUGGACGUGGUCGUGGACGUGGACGUGGUCGUGGACGUGGACGUGGACGUGGACGUGGACCUGGACGUGGACGUGGACGUGGACUUGGACGUGGACGUGGACGUUGACUUGGACGUGGAUGUGGACGUGGACGUGGACGUGGACGUGGACGUGGUCGUGGACGUGGACGUGGACGUGGACGUGGACGAGGACGUGGACGUGGUCGUGGUCGUGGACGUAGACGUGGACGUGGACGUGGUCGUGGACGUGGUCGUGGACGUGGACGUGGUCGUGGACGUGAUCGUGGACGUGAUCGUGGACGUGGUCGUGGACGUGGACUUGGACGUGGACGUGGACGUGGUCCUGGACGUGGACGUGGACGUGGACGGUGAUGUGGACGUGGUCGUGGACGUGGACGUGGACAUGGAGGUGGACGUUGACGUGGACGUGGUCAUGGAUGUGGACGUGGACGUGGACGUGUACAUGGUCGUGGACGUGGACGUGGACGUGGACGUUGACGUGGACGUGGACGUGGACAUGGUUGUGGAUGUGGACGUGGACGAGGAGGACGUGGACGUGGACGUGGAGGACGUGGACGUGGACAUGGACGUGGACGUGGACUUGGUGGUCGUGGACGUGGACGUGGACGUGGUCGUAGACGUGGACGUGGACAAGGAGGACAUGGACGUGGACGUGGAGGACGUGGACGUGGACGUGGUUUUGGACGUGGACGUGGACGUGGACGUGGUCGUGGACGUAGACGUGGACGUGGACGUGGACCUGGAUGUAGACCUGGACUUGGACGUGGACGUGGACGUGGAUGUGGACCUGGACGUGGACGUAGACUUGGACGUGGACGUGGACGUGGACUUGGACGUGGACGUGGACGUGGACGUGGACGUGGACGUAGACGUGGACGUGGACGUGGACGUGGACGUGGACCUGGACGUGGACUUGGACGUGGAAGUGGACGUGGACGUGGACGUGGACGUGGACGUGGACGUGGACUUGGACGUGGACGUGGACGUGGACGUGGACCUGGACGUGGACUUGGACGUGGAUGUGGACCUGGACGUGGACGUGGUCGUGGACAUGGAUGUGGACGUGGACGUAGACGUGGACGUGGACGUGGACGUGGACCUGGACGUGGACAUGGACGUGGACGUGGACGUCGACGUGGACGUGUACCUGGACGUGGACGUGGACUUGGACGUGGACGUGGACGUGGAUCUGGACGUGGACGUGGACGUGGUCGUGGACAUGGACGUGGACGUGGACGUAGACGUGGACGUGGACGUGGACCUGGACGUGGACGUGGACGUGGUCGUGGACAUCGACGUGGACGUGGACGUGGACGUGGACCUGGACCUGGACAUUGACGUGGAAUUGGACGUGGAGGUGGACGUGGACGUGGACGUGGUCGUGGACGUGGACAUGGACGUGGACGUGGACCUGGACGUGGUCAUGGACGUGGACGUGGACGUGGACGUGGACGUGGACGUGGAGGAAGUGGACGUGGACGUGGAGGACGUGGACGUGGACGUGGACGUGGACUUGGACGUGGACCUGGACGUGGACGUGGACGUGGACGUGGACGUGGACGCGGACGUGGACGUGGACGUGGACGCGGACGUGGUCGUGGACGUGGACGUGGACGUGGACCUGGACGUGGACGUGGACGGGCACGUGGACGUGAUCGUGGACGUGGACGUGGACGUGGACGUGUACAUGGACGUGGACGUGGACGUGGACAUGGACGUGGACGUGGACGUGGUCGUGGACGUGGACGUGGACGUGGACGUGGACCUGGACGUGGACGUGGACGUGGACGUGGUCGUGGAUGUGGACGUGGACGUGGACCUGGACGUGGACUUGGACGUGGACGUGGACGUGGUCGUGGAUGUGGACGUGGACGUGGACCUGGAUGUGGACGCGGAGGUGGUCGUUGACGUGGACGUGGUCGUGGACGUGGAUGUGGACGUGGAGGUGGAUGUUGACGUGGACGUGGUCAUGGAUGUGGACGUGGACGUGGACGUGUACAUGGUCGUGGACAUGGACGUGGACGUGGACGUUGACGUGGACGUGGACGUGGACAUGGUCGUGGACGUGGACGUGGACGAGGAGGACGUGGACGUGGACGUGGAGGACGUGGACGUGGACGUGGACGUGGACUUGGACGUGGACCUGGACGUGGACAUGGACGUGGACGUGGACGUGGUCGUGGACGUGGACAUGGACGUGGACCUGGACCUGGACGUGGACGUGGAUGUGGACAUGAUCGUGGACAUGGUCGUGGACGUGGACGUGGACGUGGUCGUGGACGUGGACGUGGACGUGGUCGUGGACGUGGACGUGGACGUGGUCGUAGACGUGGACGUGGACAAGGAGGACGUGGACGUGGACGUGGAGGACGUGGACGUGGACGUGGACGUGGUUUUGGACGUGGACGUGGACGUGGAUGUGGACGUGGUCGUGGACGUAGACGUGGACGUGGAUGUGGACCUGGAUGUAGACCUAGACUUGGACGUGGACGUGGACGUGGAUGUGGACCUGGACGUGGACGUAGACUUGGACGUGGACGUGGACGUGGACUUGGACGUGGACGUGGACGUGGACGUGGACGUAGACGUGGACGUGGACGUGGACGUGGACCUGGACGUGGACUUGGACGUGGACGUGGACGUGGACGUGGACGUCGACGUGGACGUGGACUUGGACGUGGACGUGGAUGUGGACGUGGACCUGGACGUGGACGUGGACUUGGACGUGGACGUGGACCUGGACGUGGACGUGGACGUGGACGUGGUCGUGGACAUGGACGUGGACGUGGACGUGGACGUAGAUGUGGACGUGGACGUGGACGUGGACGUGGAUGUGGAACUGGACGUGGACUUGGACGUGGACGUGGACGUCGACGUGGACGUGUACCUGGACGUGGACAUGGACUUGGACGUGGACGUGGACGUGGACCUGGACGUGGACGUGGACUUGGACGUGGACGUGGACCUGGACGUGGACGUGGACGUGGUCGUGGACAUCGACGUGGACGUGGACGUGGACGUGGACCUGGACCUGGACAUUGACGUGGAAUUGGACGCGGAGGUGGACGUGGACGUGGACGUGGUCGUGGACGUGGACGUGGUCGUGGACGUGGACGUGGACGUGGACGUGGACCUGGACGUGGACGUGGACGUGGACGUGGACGUGGAGGACGUGGACGUGGACGUGGAGGACGUGGACGUGGACUUGGACGUGGACUUGGACGUGGACCUGGACGUGGACGUGGACGUGGACGUGGACGCGGACGUGGUCGUGGACGUGGACGUGGACGUGGACGUGGACCUGGACGUGGACGUGGACGUGGACGGGCACGUGGACGUGAUCGUGGACGUGGACGUGGACGUGGACGUGUACAUGGACGUGGACGUGGACGUGGACAUGGACGUGGAUGUGGUCGUGGACGUGGACGUGGACGUGGACGUGGUCGUGGACGUGGAUGUGGACGUGGACGUGGACCUGGAUGUGGACGUGGACGUGGAUGUGGUCGUGGACGUGGACGUGGACAUGGACGUGGACGUGGACGUGGUCGUGAACGGGGACGUGGACGUGGACGUAGACGUGGAUGUGGACCUGGACGUGGUCAUGGACGUGGACCUGGACGUGGACGUGGACGUGGACUUAAACGUGGACCUGGACGUGGACUUAAACGUGGACCUGGACGUGGACGUGGACGUGGACGUGGACGUGGACGUAGACGUGGACGUGGACGUGGUCGUGGACGUGGACUUGGACCUGGACGUGGACCUGGACGUGGACGUGGACGUGGACGUGGACAUGGACCUGGACGUGGACGUGGACUUGGACGUGGACGUGGACUUUGACCUGGACGUGGACGUGGACAUGGUCGUGGACGUGGACGUGGACAUGGACGUGGACGUGGACGUGGACGUGGACGUGGUCGUGGACGUGGACCUGAACGUGGUCGAGGACGACGUGGACGUGGACGUGGACCUGGACGUGGACGUGGACUUGGACGUGGACUUGGACGUGGACGUGGACCUGGACGUGGACGUGGACGUGGACGUGGACGUUGACGUGGACGUGGACGUGGACUUGGACGUGGACGUGGAUGUGGACGUGGACCUGGACGUGGACGUGGACUUGGACGUGGACGUGGACCUGGACGUGGACGUGGACGUGGACGUGGUCGUGGACAUGGACGUGGACGUGGACGUGGACGUAGACGUGAACGUGAACGUGGACGUGGACGUGGACGUGGAACUGGACGUGGACUUGGACGUGGACGUGGACGUCGACGUGGACGUGUACCUGGACGUGGACGUGGACUUGGACGUGGACGUGGACGUGGACCUGGACGUGGACGUGGACUUGGACGUGGACGUGGACCUGGACGUGGACGUGGACGUGGUCGUGGACAUCGACGUGGACGUGGACGUGGACGUGGACCUGGACCUGGACAUUGACGUGGAAUUGGACGCGGAGGUGGACGUGGACGUGGACGUGGUCGUGGACGUGGAUGUGGUCGUGGACGUGGACGUGGACGUGGACGUGGACCUGGACGUGGUCUUGGACGUGGACGUGGACGUGGACGUGGAGGACGUAGACGUGGACGUGGAGGACGUGGACGUGGACGUGGACUUGGACGUGGACUUGGACGUGGACCUGGACGUGGACGUGGACGUGGACGUGGACGCGGACGUGGUCGUGGACGUGGACGUGGACGUGGACGUGGACCUGGACGUGGACGUGGACGUGGACGGGCACGUGGACGUGAUCGUGGACGUGGACGUGGACGUGGACGUGUACAUGGACGUGGACGUGGACGUGGACAUGGACGUGGAUGUGGUCGUGGACGUGGACGUGGACGUGGACGUGGACGUGGUCGUGGACGUGGAUGUGGACGUGGACGUGGACCUGGACGUGGACGUGGACGUGGAUGUGGUCGUGGACGUGGACGUGGACAUGGACGUGGACAUGGACGUGGUCGUGAACGGGGACAUGGACGUGGACGUAGACGUGGAUGUGGACCUGGACGUGGUCAUGGACGUGGAACUGGACGUGGACGUGGACGUGGACGUGGACUUAAACGUGGACCUGGACGUGGACGUGGACGUGGACGUGGACGUGGACGUAGACGUAGACGUGGACGUGGACGUGGUUGUGGACGUGGACGUGGACCUGGACGUGGACCUGGACGUGGACGUGGACGUGGACGUGGACAUGGACCUGGACGUGGACGUGGACUUGGACGUGGACGUGGACUUUGACCUGGACGUGGACGUGGACGUGGUCGUGGACGUGGACGUGGACGUGGACAUGGACGUGGACGUGGACGUGGACGUGGACGUGGACGUGGACGUGGUCGUGGACGUGGACCUGAACGUGGUCGAGGACGACGUGGACGUGGACGUGGACGUGGACGUGGACCUGGACGUGGACGUAGACGUGGUCAUGGACGUGGACGUGGUCGUGGUCAUGGACGUGGACGUGGUCGUCGACGUGGAGGACGUGGACGUGGACGUGGACGUGGAGGACGUGGACGUGGACGUGGACGAGGACGUGGAGGACGUGGACGUGGAUGUGGACGUGGACAUGGACGUGGACGUGGACCUGGACGUGGACGUGGACGUGGACGUGGAGGUGGACAUGGACGUGGACGUGGUCGACGUGGACGUGGACUUGGAGGACGUGGACGUGGACGUAGACGUAGACCUGGACGUGGACGUGGACGUGGACGUGGACUUGGACGUGGAGGUGGAUGUGGACGUGGACGUGGAGGACAUGGACAUGGACGUGGACGUGGACGUGGACGUGGUCGUGGACAUGGAGGUGGAUGUGGAGGACGUGGACGUGGACGUGGACGUGGAGGACGUGGACGUGGACGUGGACGUGGACGUGGUCGUGGACGUGGACGUGGAUGUGGAGGACGUGGACGUGGACGUGGAGGACGUGGACGUGGACGUGGACGUGGACGUGGACGUGGACGUGGUCGUGGACGUGGACGUGGACGUGGACGUGGACGUGGACGUGGACGUGGACGUGGUCGUGGACGUGGACGUGGUCGUGGACGUGUUCGUGGACGUGGACGUGUUCGUGGACGUGGACGUGGACGUGGACGUGGACGUGGACGUGGUCGUGGACGUGGACGUGGACGUGGACGUGGACGUGCACGUGGUCGUGGACGUGGUCGUGGUCGUGGACGUGGACGUGGACGUGGACGUGGACGUGCACGUGGUCGUGGACGUGGACGUGGUCGUGGACGUGAACGUGGUCGUGGACGUGGACGUGGUCGUGGACGUGGACGUGGUCGUGGACGUGGACGUGGUCGUGGACGUGGACGUGGACGUGAACGUGGACGUGGACGUGGACGUGGAUGUCGACCUGGACGUGGUCGUGGACGUGGACCUUGACGUGGACGUGGACGUGGACGUGGACGUGGACGUGGACUUGGACGUGGACGUGGACGUGGACGUGCACGUGGACGUGGACGUGGACGUGCACGUGGAGGUGGACGUGGACGUGGACGUGGACCUGGACGUGGACGUGGACGUGAUCGUGGGCGUGGACGUGGACGUGGACCUGGACAUGGACGUGGACUUGGAUGUGGACGUGGACUUUGACUUGGACCUGGACGUGGACGAGGACUUGGACGUGGACGUGGUUGUGGACGUGGACGUUGACAUGGAUGUGGACGUGGACGUGGAGGACGUGGACGUGGACGUGGAGGACGUGGACGUGGACGUGGACGUGGACCUGGACGUGGACGUGGACGUGGACCUGGACGUGGACGUGGACGUGGACUUGGAAAUGGACGUAGACGUGGACGUGGACGUGGACGUGGUCGUGGACGUGGAUGUGGACCUGGUCGUGGACGUGGAUGUGGACGUGGACUUGGACGUGGACGUGGACGUGGUCGUGGACGUGGACGUGGUCGCGGACGUGGUCGCGGACGUGGACGUGGUCGCGGGUGUGGACGUGGACGUGGUCGUGGACGCGGACGUGGACGUGGUCGUAGACGUGGACGUGGACGUGGACGUGGACGUGGUCGUGGACCAGGACGUGGACGUGGUGGUGGACGUGGACGUGGACGUGGUCGUGGACGUGGACGUGGACGUGGUCGUGGACGUGGACGUGGACGUGGACGUGGACGUGGUCGUGGACGUGGACGUGGACGUGGACGUGGACGUCGACGUGGACGUGGACGUGGACGUGGUCAUGGACGUGGACGUGGACGUGGUCGUGGACGUGGACGUGGACGUGGACGUGGACGUGGACGUGGUCGUGGACAUGGACGUGGACGUGGACGUGGACGUGGACGUGGACGUGGACGUGGACGUGGACGUGUACGUGGACGUGGACGUGGACGUGUACGUGGACGUGGACGUGGACGUGGACGUGGACUUGGACGUGGACGUGGACGUGGACGUGGACGUGGUCGUGGACGUGGACGUGGACGUGGACGUGGUCGUGGACGUGGACGUGGACGUCAAAGUGGACGUGGACGUGGACGUGGUCGUGGACGUGGACGUGGUCGUGGACGUGGACGUGGACGUAGACGUGGACUUGGACGUAAACAUGGACGUGGACGUGGACGUGGACCUGGACGUGGUCGUGGACGUGGAUGUGGACGUGGUCGUGGUCGUGGACGUGGACGUGGACGUGGUCGUGGACGUGGACGUGGACGUGGUCGUGGACGUGGACGUGGACGUGGUCGUGGACGUGGACGUGGACGUGGACGUGGUUGUGGUCGUGGACGUGGACGUGGUCGUGGACGUGGACGUGGACGUGGACUUGGACGUGGACGUGGUCGUGGACGUGGACGUGGACGUGGACGUGGUCGUGGACGUGGACGUGGACGUGGACCUGGACGUGGAUGUGGACGUGGACGUGGAGGACGUGGACGUGGACGUGGACGUGGACAUGGACGUGGACGUGGACCUGGACGUGGACGUGGACUUAGACGUGGACGUGGAGGUGGACGUGGACGUGGACGUGGUCGACGUGGACGUGGACUUGGAGGACGUGGACGUGGACGUAGACGUGGACUUGGACGUGGACUUGGACGUGGACUUGGACGUGGAGGUGGACGUGGACGUGGACGUGGACUUGGAAGUGGAGGACGUGGACGUGGACGUGGACGUGGUCGUGGACGUGGACGUGGACGUGGACUUGGACGUGGACGUGGACUUGGACGUGGACGUGGACGUGGACGUGGUCGUGGACGUGGACGUGGUCGCGGGCGUGGAUGUGGACGUGGUCGUGGACGUGGACGUGGACGUGGACGUGGACGUGGUUGUGGACGUGGACGUGGACGUGGUCGUGGACGUGGACGUGGACGUGGUCGUGGACGUGGACGUGGACGUGGAGGACGUGGACGUGGACGUGGACAUGGACUUGGACGUGGACCUGGACGUGGACGUGGACGUGGACGUGGUCGUGGACGUGGACGUGGACGUGGACGUGGAGGUGGACGUGGAGGUGGACGUGGACGUUGAUGUGGACGUGGACGUGGUCGUGGACGUGGACGUGGACGUGUUCGUGGACGUGGACGUGGUCGUGGACGUGGAUGUGGACGUGGACGUGGACGUGGACGUGGGUGUGGACGUGGACCUGGACUUGGACGUGGACGUGGACUUGGACAUGGUCGUGGACGUGGACGUGGACGUGAACGUAGUCGUGGACGUGGACGUGGUCGUGGACGUGGACGUGGUCAUGGACGUGGACGUGGGUUUAGGGUUUAGGGUUUAG